AUGGAUAUCCCAGAGCAAUGGAUCGAAGAACAUGAAGGAGAACCACAGCCAUGGAUGCUUGAAUUUGAUCAGGAGGCAUUUGAUCGAGACCCGGUACAAUGGAUGCGAGAACACGCUCAUGAAAUUAAUGAUACGGAACCUAUCCUCAUAUGUAGUCUUGCACUGCCUCGCGAUCCAGCUUUACUCGUAACUGCAUUUGAAGAUCUGAUCGGAAAAACGGAAAGAUGCAUCGAUGAAUUUUAUGACAACCAACGCCGUUUACAAGUGUCGUCCGACUUUAGCAGCCACUCCCGCCAAAUCGAAAAGAUCCUUUUGCCGUCCUUGCGAGACAAACUUUCCCGCGUGUGCGAUAUUUUGUUCGGUCCCGCUCACUUCGAGCAAAUUGAACCUUCGAAGUUUCAAGCCGGAUUGAAAGCCCUCAAAGAAGUUGAGGGCGUCGUCGAUCACAUUUUUACCUCAAUGACCUCAUUUUGGCUCCCCAGUGAUCCCGCGGAAAUGGGCCCAGCGAACCUCCCAGACGUAACGAGCUAUCGAGGCGAAUUCACCCAAACGAAGAUGCUCGAUCUUAUGGAAAGUCUAUCGGGAUUGUUUCAGAUAUAUGGUGGUGUGUUACACAUCUCGAUGAGAGUAUCCGACAUGCGAGUAGGACACUAUGGAUGGAGAAAGUUGAUUAACGAUACACACAUCAUGAGGGAUUAUAUAGAUGACGUCGUCAAAUGGCUUGGGCUGUCGGAUCUCGGAGUUCUUCAGGAAGAGUGGAGGACAAUGGCGCAAGAGGCUGAUCAUUUGAUCCAAGAUCUAGGAUCCUUACCGGUCUUCAAAUCUUACCAACGAUUGCAGCAAGACUUCCUGUCACUCGUCAAAAUAUCCAGACUAUUCUACAAAACGAUUUCCAAAGCCAACAAGACCAAAUCUCAUCCAAUCUCGGAGAUGCCUCCAAUUCAGCUCGCGAAAUUCAUCCACGCGACACUUACGUCCGGCGUCCCACAAGCUUUGAUGACCACCUUUGAAAUACCGAAUCCUAUGAAUCACGCUGUUGGCAUGGAGACGCCUAGUCUUCUGAACUGCUUUAGAGGACCCAUCAAGAUUCUAAACGAGUAUUUGGACGAUCAAGCUUCUAAUCCAACUUCAACUCCAGCCCAGUCUCACCAUGAGUUCCUCGAAUGGUACACAAUAUGGAAGGAACAGUUCAAACUGGCUGUUACCCGUUUUCUCGCUACAUUCAAAGCAGUUCACAUGGCUUUAAGAGACAAUGUGGAGCCGCAAUUUGCUUGA